AUGGCACUUUCUCGUCCUGUUUGGGUGAAACCAGUUGAGAAGGCUUUUCGGAAAAUGAUGGAAAAACUGGAACAUAAAGAAGAUAUGAUGCAUUAUAUCGAACAAGUCUUCCUCUCGCACUACAAAAAGGAAAAAGUGAACACUGAAGAGUUUGAGAAUGUCAACUUGGCAACAUAUUUCGAUAUCAAUCUGAAGUACACACCCAGAGCUGUUGGUAUCCACUGGUGGGAAUCUAUAGGGAAGAAAGAGGAGAAAGUGGAAAGAUAUCCAGUUGUGCAUGCCCUGUGCAAAUUCAGAAUCCGCCCAGAAGAUUAUGGAUCAACAUUUACACGGCAUGAAUCAUGGGGACCGGUGACAUUGAAUUAUGGCGAAAUGCGCGAGCACCACAUCAAAGUUUGGAUCGAAAAAUUGGAAAAGAGAUUUGGUUUUGACAUAUGCAGUUCCGACGUCAAACGGUUUGAUUACCGUCGUGUGGUCCGCGACUACUAUGAGUUAUCCGUUAUUGUUAAUAGAUGUCUCAAAGAGGAAAAUGAAACGCUAAAGAAUGAUAUUCUGGAAAAUAUCAUUCAUCGACUACACGCGACGGAAAUUUUUCUGCUCAAAGAAGUUUGCGAGGCUCACAAAAAAUACGGAGGACGUGAUGCAGACCAUAAGAACAGCGAGUGGCUUCACGAUUUGACCAUUUUCGUCAUUUCUGCUGAAAUCAUGUACAGGAAACUCCGGAAGAUUGUCUUUUUUAAUAUGCCUAGAAAGUAA